AUGUUCGUGGCCAGUCUAGUCACCUGGCUCCUCUGCCGUAGCCUGGAGAGGCCACCAGUGAAGGACCCGCAACACAACACUGACUUCACGGAAGCUGCCAAACAGGAGCAGGAGGAUGAAGAGGAGGAGGAGGAAGAAGAGGAGAAGAUCGGUCAGAAGGUAGAGCUGGAGGACGACCUGCUGUUCGAAGAGGAUUGCCAACUAGACGAGGGGGAGCUGGUAGAGGAGGGAGACGAGGAGGAGGAUGGGGAGGAGGAGGAGGAGGAGAUAAUGAAGGAGCCGGAGGAGAGCACCAAGAUGAAGAUCUUACGUCAGAUCGCCGGCUUGGCAUCCAAACUCAAGGAGAUCAUUGGCAAUCUAAUUACCACCGCCGGGAAAGUGGUCGUAACCAUAUUACUGGGCCUGACAGGGAUCAUGCUGCCCUCCCUCACCUCUACUGUCUAUUUCUUCACCUUCCUGGGCCUGUGCACCUGGUGGUCAUUUUGCCGCUCGUUUGACCCGCUGGUCUUCAGCUGUCUGUGCGUGCUGAUGGGCAUCUUUAGCGCCGGCCACCUCAUCGUGCUCUACCUCUACCAAUUCCAGUUCUUCCAGGAGGCCGUGCCCCCUGGAGACUACUAUGCCAGUUUGUUUGGCAUCUCCCCGGUGAUCCAGAUUAACUGCUCCCACACGUGGAUGUUCAAGGUCAACCCGGCGUUGCCGUGGCACCACUUUGUCAACCCCAUCAUGCUCCUGGUGCUGUACUACACCCUGGCCACGCUGAUCCGCCUGUGGCUGCAGGAGCCGCCGGAGCCGGUGGAGCCGGUGUUGAUUGUGACCUCCAACGGACUUCCGGUGACCUUGAGUUCUGGCGCUCCUCAUGAGAACGGGCCCACAAGUCUGGAUCUGUAUUCCAUGCCGGAGUAUGCGCCGGGCCAGUCUGCAUCAGACCCAGAGCGUAUGGACGCCAGUGUGUACGAGAUGGAGCGGCCGCUGAGAAGCGACUCGUCGGAGGCUGGGGAGGCUGGGGAGGAGCGCCAGGAGGGGCAGAUGAGGGUCAACUCAGCGGUCAAGGCCGCCGCCUUCAUCAUGAAGCAAAGCUACAUCUGCGCCCUCAUCGCCAUGAUGGCGUGGAGCAUCACAUACGUGAGCUGGCUGACCUUCGUCUUCCUCAUCUGGUCGUGCACGCUGUGGAUGGUGCGGGACCGCCGCAAGUACGCCAUGAUCACCUCGCCCUUCAUGGUGUUCUACGGAAACCUGCUCAUCGUGCUGCAGUACAUCUGGAGCUUUGAGGAGCUGGGCCCCGUGCCAGGGCUCUUCCUGAAGAAGGAGGUGCCGUUCAGGGAACUGGGCUCUAAGAUGCUGUGUCUCCUGAGCUUCUGGCUGCUGCUGCGACAGGCUCUGACCGAGCGCAAAGACAGGCAGAGGGAAGAGGAGACAACGCUGUCCGACAUCAAAGUAGAGGACCUGAAGAGAGAGAAGGAGGAUGAGGAGGACGAGGCUGGAGGCCCGCGGGAGAUGAUGGACGUGUUGGGCAGCACGGUCAUGGCCAUGUUCAACAAGUACUGGAUCUACAUCUGCGCCGGCAUGUUCUUCUUUGUGAGCUUCGAGGGACGCAUCGUCAUGUACAAGAUCAUCUACAUGAUGAUGUUCCUCUUCUGUGUGGCCCUCUAUCAGGUUCAUUAUGAGCACUGGAGGAGGAUACUGAAGUACUUCUGGAUGUCAGUGGUGGUCUACACCAUGCUGGUGUUGAUUCUGGUCUACACCUUCCAGUUUGACUCUUCCAUACACGUAUGGUCAAACAUGACAGGCAUGAGCACUAAAGAACUGGAGGAUCUGGGCCUGGAGAAGUUCUCGGUGCCGGCGCUGUUCACGCGGAUCUUCCUCCCCACGUCCUUCCUGCUGGUGUGCAUCCUGCACCUGCACUACUUCCACGAGCGCUUCCUCCAGCUCACCGACAUCAAGUCUGUGGCCGACAAGCAGAAGAGCCCCAUCACCAGGCUGGUCCAUCUGGACGGCAGCCUGGCUGAUAUCUCCAUGAUCAAACCCACGCUGAACUCCACCACGAAGGACGAGGAGGCUGGGGAAAAGGUCGACCUAGAGGAGGAGGAAGAGGACGAGGAGGAGAAGAGGCUCUCGAGUCCACAUGCAGUCCUCCGCACAGAGCAGCAACAGGCCCGUGCAGAGACGUACCGCUUUCUCUGGCUGAGUGGACAGGACGAGGCCGAGGCCGAGGAAGGACGGGACCUGCGUAAUAAGUGGAGUCUGGUGGUGGAGCGCCUGACGGUGCUGUUCCUCAAGUUCCUGCAGUACAUGCAGCAGCUGCAGCUGCUUAUCUGGUGGCUGCUGGAGCUGCACAUCAUCAAGAUCGUCUCCUCCUACAUCAUCUGGGUCUCCGUCAAAGAGGUGUCCCUCUUCAACUACGUGUUCCUGGUGAGCUGGGCCUUCGCUCUCCCGUACAGCCAGUUCCGGCCGCUGGCGUCCAGCGUGUGCACGGUGUGGACCUGCGUCAUCAUCGUCUGCAAGAUGCUGUACCAGCUGAGCUCCAUCCAGCCCGCCACCUACGCCAAGAACUGCAGCAUGCCUCAGAACUACACGGAGGCCGAGCGGGCGGAGAUGGCGCGCUCACUGCUCUACAGCGCCCCCAUAGACCCCGCCAACUGGGUCGGCCUCAAGAAGUUCUCUCCUCUGCUGGAGAAUCUGAGGAACAACCUGAUGAUGUUGGCCCUGCUGGCGUUCGAGGUGACCGUCUACCGGCACCAGGACUUCUACCGCAUGCGCAACAACCUCACCACCCCCGUCACCAGGACCAUCUUCCAUGACAUCACGCGCCAGCACCUGGACGACGGUAUCCUCAACUGCGCCAAGUACUUCAUCAACUUCUUCUUCUACAAGUUUGGCCUGGAGACAUGUUUCCUGCUGGCGGUGAAUGUCAUUGGCCAGCGCAUGGACUUCUACGCCAUGCUGCACGCGUUCGGCCUGAUCGCCGUGAUGUACCAGCGCCGGCGGAAGGCCAUCGCUCAGAUCUGGCCCAAGUACUGCUGCUUCCUGGCCUGCAUGCUCACCUUCCAGUACCUGGUGUGCAUCGGGAUCCCCCCCUCCGCCUGCUCAGACUAUCCAUGGAGAGCUCCCUCAUCCAGCAUGGACUCCAACGUAGUGAAGUGGCUGUACUUUCCAGACUUCCACACGAGACCCAACCCACUCUUCCUCCUCUAUGACUUCAUGCUGCUGUUGGGUGUCUCGCUCCAGAGGCACGUCUUUGAAGAAGAGAACGAAGCAGCCGUGCGUCUCGUUGCCGGGGACAACGUGGAGAUCUGCCGAGACCUUGACGCCGCAUCGUUCAGCCAGCACAACCCAGUGCCAGACUUCAUCCGCUGCAGGUCUUACCUGGACAUGUUGAAGGUGAUCAUGUUCAGCUACCUGUUCUGGUUCGUGCUCACCAUCAUCUUCAUCACGGGAACCACACGCAUCAGCAUCUUCUGCAUGGGCUACUUGGUGGCCUGUUUCUACUUCCUGCUCUUCGGCGGAGACCUGCUGCUCAAGCCAAUCAAAAGCAUCAUGCACUACUGGGACUUCCUGAUCGCCUACAAUGUGUUUGUGAUCACCAUGAAGAAUAUCCUCUCGAUAGCGGCCUGUGGGUAUAUAAAGUCCCUGGUUGCCAACCACUGUUGGCUGAUCCAGUUGUUCAGUUUGGCGUGCACUAUAAAAGGCUAUUCCCGACCGGAGCAGCAGGCUACCAAGCAGUGUGAGUUGCCUAGCGAUGAAGCUGGCAUCAUUUGGGACAGCAUUUGCUUUGCCUUCCUGUUGCUACAGCGACGGGUCUUCAUGAGCUACUACUUCCUGCAUGUAGUAGCUGACAUUCGCUCCUCACAAGUGCUGGCCUCCAGGGGAGCCGAGUUGUUCCAGGCCACCAUUGUGAAGGCGGUCAAAGCCAGAAUUGAGGAGGAGAAGAAGUCCAUGGACCUGCUGAAAAGACAGAUGGACCGCAUCAAGAGCCGGCAGCAGAAGUUCAAGAGGGGGAAGGAGAGGAUGCUGAGCAUGGCCCAGGACUCUGGAGAGGGUCAGGCCGGGGUCAGGGAGGAAGAGGAGAAGGACGAAGGAGAAACAAAGGAGAAAUCAAAAGGCAAAAGGAAACAGUGGUGGAGGCCUUGGGUAGACCAUGCAUCCAUGGUGAGGAGCGGAAGCUACUACCUAUUUGAGACGGACAGUGAAGAGGAGGAGGAGGACGAGGAGAAGAAAGAGGAGCCUCCGAAGAGGUCCGCAUUUCAGUUUGUGUACCAUGCCUGGAUCACAGACUCCAAGACAGCCAUGAAGGAACGCAGCAAGGAGAGGCGGCACUUCUGGAAGAGAUACACCGAUGGACGUAAAGCCACCAAGAAGGACCAGCGGGAAGAACAUGUGGCCAUAGAGGUGGACGAUCAGGAGGACGAUGGUGUGGAAGAGGAGCGAUCCGAUGGGCCAGAUAACAUCCUGAAGCGAGUGUUCAACAUCGUGAAGUUCUCCUGGGUGCUUUUCCUGGCCCUGAUGGACAGCUUCACCGCCUGGCUCAACUCCAUCUGCCAGGAGUACAUGGACAUCUCCACGGUGCUGAGAAUCGAGCGCUGUAUGGUCACGCAGGAGGUCAAAAAGGGAAAUACUCCGUCCCGGGAGAGUCUGCAAGUGUACUACCAGAGGCAGAUGUGCAGGCCGUCGUCCUCGCAGUCCUGUUUGGACCAUACGGAGGACAUCUUCCCAGCGUCCAGCCCCCGGGCCUCUCACUUACAGCAGUCCGACUUCGUGCUGGAGAGCCAUGGCUCUGCACUGUCCAGAGACAGCUUGUCCAGUGCGUACACAGAGUCGACUCUACUCUACUGUCAGUCCACACUGGAUCACACGGAGGGGACCGUGGAGAACGUCCCCAAGACUAGUGAACGCACUCGGCCCAAACUGUGCAAGAUGACCGGGCUCGACCUGUCCUCGUCGGCAGAGAGCGCCACCAGCAGGGCCUCCAGUGAGAGGACCCAGUGCACAGCGCUGUACUCCCGACAGGGCACGAGCGACACCGUCGGCGAGGUCGACCUCGAGCACGAACAGAGAGGUCACUCGUCAGCCGAACACUGGGGUGCAGUCGGUGGAGGACCCCCAGAGACCCCCGAUGACGCGCCGUACCUCCCCGAGGACGAAGGGCCGCCCCACUGGAGGGAAUCGGACCGCUCCCCGGAGUGGGACUCCGCCGGAUGGACGCCGGCCGACAGCCCUGACGCGGACGGACCGUCGUCACGGACGUUCCCGGCAGCGGCGGACAUCCCGCCCUCCUACAGCAAGGCCACGGGGCUGGACCAGGUGUGCGACGGCGCAGGUGUGCCGGGUGGUAACCGUGACGACAGGCGCCUGAGGAUAAUGGAGCCUGAUGACAGGACGGAUUACCUGAGCGACGCAGCACUGCCCUCCCUCACCCACGAGAUGACGGCCAGCGAGCUGCUGCAGAGCAGGAUGUUUUUCGACGAGGAGCUGGAGGAGUCGGAGAGUUUCUACAGCGGUCAGCCGCCGCUGCUGCAGCUGUGCUACGCCCUGUACAACAUGCUGGUGGCCCGCUCGGAGAUGGUCUGCUACCUGGUCAUCAUCCUCAACCACAUGAUCUCGGCGUCCGUGGCCACGCUCGUGCUGCCCAUCCUCAUCUUCCUCUGGGCCAUGCUGUCCGUGCCGCGGCCCAGCAAGCGCUUCUGGAUGACCGCCAUCGUCUACACGGAGGUCACCAUUGUGAUCAAAUACUUCUUCCAGUUUGGCUUCUUCCCGUUCAACCAGAACAUUGAGGUGGACAAGAGCAAGCCCUUCCACCCCCCCAACAUCAUCGGCGUGGAGAAGAAGGAGGGCUACGUCCACUACGAUCUAGUGCAGCUGUUGGCUCUCUUCUUCCACAGGUCCAUCCUGAAGUGCCAUGGUUUAUGGGACGAGGACGAACAUAGAGCCGGUGUUGGCAAACCAGCACGUCACCGAGGCAACUCGGACGGCGGCGAGCGAUCGCGCUCAUGGCACGAGAAAUCGCCCGAGUCUGCCCACCCCCGCUCCCCCCUCCGCCAGCACCUCCACGGCCUGGCGCGGGGCUUGGUGCGGCGGCAGAGCUCGGGCGCUGCGUCACACGUCUCUCAUAGAUCCAUGCACUCCAAAACAGGCAGCUCAGGCACACGCGGGAGUCUGCGCAGGGGAGGCAGCUCUCUGAGCAUCCAGCAGAAGAGUCGCAAGGAGCUCAUCAUGGAGAAGCUCAGGGAGCAGAUGAUCAAGGCCAAGAGGUUCACUGUCAAAACCACUCUUGAGAUCUACAUCCCCAUUCGCCAGUUCUUCUAUAACCUGAUCCACCCAGAAUACAGCGCAGUGACAGACGUCUACGUGCUCAUGUUCUUGGCCGACACCGUGGACUUCAUCAUUAUUGUCUUUGGAUUCUGGGCCUUUGGGAAACAUUCUGCUGCUGCUGACAUCACUUCCUCCUUGUCGGAGGACCAGGUUCCCGAGGCCUUUCUGGUCAUGGUGCUGAUCCAGUUUGGCACGAUGGUUGUGGACCGGGCUCUUUAUCUCAGGAAGACUGUCAUGGGGAAGGUCAUCUUCCAAGUGAUCCUGGUGUUUGGAAUCCACUUUUGGAUGUUCUUCAUUCUCCCUGGAGUCACAGAAAGGCGGUUCAGUCUAAACACGGUGGCCCAGCUGUGGUAUUUUGUGAAGUGCAUCUACUUCGGUCUGUCGGCCUAUCAGAUCCGCUGUGGCUACCCCACCAGGGUGCUGGGAAACUUCCUCACCAAGAGCUACAACUACGUCAACCUCUUCCUCUUCCAAGGGUUCCGGUUGGUGCCGUUCCUGACGGAGCUGCGUGCGGUUAUGGACUGGGUGUGGACAGACACCACCCUCAGCCUGUCCAGUUGGAUAUGUGUGGAGGACAUCUACGCCCACAUCUUCGUGCUCAAAUGUUGGAGGGAGUCCGAGAAGAGGUACCCUCAGCCCAGAGGCCAGAAGAAGAAGAAGGUGGUCAAGUACGGCAUGGGCGGGAUGAUCGUCAUGCUGCUCAUCUGCAUCGUCUGGUUCCCGCUGCUCUUCAUGUCGCUGGUCAAAUCUGUGGCCGGCGUGGUCAACAAACCCCUGGAUGUGUCCGUCACCAUCACACUAGGGGGCUUCCAGCCCAUAUUCACCAUGAGCGCUCAACAGAAUCAGCUCAAGGACAUCACCAACGACGACUUUGAGAAGUUUGUGAACUCCUACACCUACGUUCCGAGUGCCAUGCAGUUCCUGGAGGCGUAUACCAAGGAGGACAUCACGGUGGCCGAGCUGGAGGGGAGCUCCAACUCCCUCUGGACCAUCAGUCCCCCAAGCAGGAAGAACCUGAUGGACGUCCUGAGCAAAGAUGCCCCCUUUCCAGUCACCAUGACCUGGUCCAUCCAGAGGAAUUUUAGUCUUGGGGCCAAAGCUGAGGUUGCGAUGGAUAAACAUGUCACCUCCCUGGACAUGCCGACGAAACAAGAGCUGAUCGCUUUAUUAAACGGGACAAGGAAUAAGCCUGUGGUUAUAAAACAAGUCUUCCCUUGCUUCAUCCGCGCUCCGAGUGACUCCAAUGCCAAGCCCAUUGAUCAACUUUAUGGAGAGGACGGCUUUAAGGACAUCCUGCUGGCCCUGGAGAGGACCCACAACAACGAGAACGAGAUCCAGGAGUGGUGGAUUGUGGACCAGCCGUCGGCCGGCCAGAUCCAGAUGAACAGCGCAGCGGGGAGGAAGGUGGCGGCCGGCCUGCACCUCUAUGUGUUCAGCGACAAAGUCAGCCCUCCAAGCCUCAGCUUCCUAGCGGGAUACGGCAUCAUGGGACUGUACGCCUCGGUGGUGCUCGUCAUCGGGAAGUUUGUGCGCGAGUUCUUCAGCGGCAUCUCGCACUCCAUCAUGUUCGAGGAGCUGCCGUGCGUGGACCGCAUCCUCAAGCUGUGCACGGACAUCUUCCUGGUGCGGGAGACCGGCGAGCUGGAGCUGGAGGAGGACCUCUACGCCAAGCUGAUCUUCCUCUACCGCUCGCCAGAGACUAUGAUCAAAUGGACCAGGGAGAAGACGAAAUGAGGGCCCCCGCCCCCCAAUCCGACCCCUCAAAAUCCCCCGAAACAAAAACGAAUCCGCCUGCUGUGACUGAUGUUCAGAGAGGGUCUUGAGAAGGAAGACGCGAAAUGCAAAAAGGGACGUAAAGAGGGAGAGGGGCGCAGAAGAAGCACAAAGAGUGGCAGGUGGAGCCCUGCACUGGCCAAGCCCUCCACUGGACACUGAUGCUGGAGAGGUCACCCCUCGUCCGCCCUCCUUAGGGGGGGACCCCUCUCCGCCUUCCAUUAAAUGUGACCUGAAACGUGAAGUACAGUAUCUGUCAUGUUCAUGUGUAUGAUGAUUGAUUUUGUGUGCACAGCCUGACUCUGAAGAACUGUAGCCAGUCUUUAUCGGCGUGGUGAGAUCACCUGCUGGGCAGUGGGGUCAAACAAAAAGGGAAAUGGUGUCCCCACUGCCUGGACUUAGCCUGUUGUGUAUGGGGUAAAUGUAUGAACCUUCAGUUGUGCAAUAUUAUGAAAUAAAUACACCGUCCUGGUAGCUGGCUGUAAACUUGAAGCAGAGGAAGGGGGCAGUGACUGAAAGACACUUGCCACUUUUGAAGAUAUUUUGUUGUUGUUGUUGUUGUUGUUGUUGUUUUUAUUUUGUUUUGGUUUUCUGAACUUGGAGGUGCGCUUGGGUACUUUGGAGAAAUAACAAAAGUGAUGCUAGAGACUCAGUGAGAUGCACCAUAGACCAAGUCAUUUUUGCUUUCUUUUGUUUUGAUGUCAGAGAGGAAUAAAAAUGGGAGCUGUCAUUGUUCUCAGGAAAUGAAUAUCAUCUCAGUAGGAUGUGGCUUGUGAUAUAGGAAUGUGUGUUCCUAACUGUUGUGAAGUGACUUUGUCCUCUUUGUAUAAAAGAGGGAAAUGUGGUGUAAUUGUGGUUUAAUGGCCUGAGAAUAAAGCACAUUUUGGAUUGCUA